AAAUAACGGAGGGUAAAAAACCACAAAGUUUUUCAGUGAUUUUUUAUUGUAGCUCUCCAUAAUGAUAAUAUCUGAAGUUAAUGUCUAUUUAGUGGCAUUACUGUGUUCAGAGUUGUAUUCACGUGUAACUUUCUUCAGCAACUCUAAAUGCUGACCCUUCGGCUUGAAAUUACAGCAUCCAUCCGUGCUGGCUUUGCAUUGAAACGGAAAUGUUCAGAAUCCGUAUGAUUUGUGUUAUACGGUCGUAUACGUAAGAUUCACCACAAAAUCUGUAUGAACUACGUCUAAACCGUAUGAGUUGACAGGUAUGUCCUAAGAGCCCUGUCAUACAACUUCUAGUGUUGUGAGGAAAGAGCAGUAUGACCCCCUCCCCCCCCUACACUGGAGUAAAUCAGCUCCCUACAUAAUGAGUACUAAAAAUACCCAAAAUUGAUGUUUUAUAAAAAAAUUUUUUUACACAUUUAAAACAUAAAUUCAUAAUUCUGUAGACUUUGGUUGUCAGUCGGGGAAUUUUCCCUUUAGGAAAACGGGCACAUCGCACACCUAGGGUAAUGUUUUUUUUUUUUUUUUUUUUAAGGCAUAGGACACAUAGAAGAAAAAUAAAUCAUCUCUGGUGCUUGAGCAUCAGGAACGCGGCGUCCUACAUGUGAGAAUUCAGGGCAAACACGACGGCGCUGUGGAGCCAUCGUGAGGAACGUCAGCCUCCGGAAGCGUCGCCGCCCCCGAUUGGCCGAGGCCCGGUCACGUGACUGGCUCCCCAAGCGGAGUUUCCACGACAGCUGGAAGCCGAAACUGCAACGGGCGCAUCGUCGCUUCUUCUUCUCUCGAAAAGAAUCGGGACGAGAGAAAGAGAGAGAGAGAAAGAGAGAGCGAGCGAGCGAGCGAGGAAAACAAGCUCCUGCUCGUCUCGGCAACCCCCCCCCCCUCCCCUAGAGACACCCUGGUCUGGCAUGGGCGACAAGAGGAGUCCCACAAGGCCGAAGCGUCAACCCAAGCCCUCCUCCGACGAGGGGUUUUGGGACUGCAGCGUGUGCACGUACAAGAACACGGCGGAGGCUUUUAAGUGCAUGAUGUGUGAUGUCAGGAAAGGGACAUCAACAAGUUCACGUACAAAUGCAGCGUUGACUGUGACAGUGUCACCGCGAAAAUGGCUUUCGAACGGCCGAAUCUUUAUCCUGCAUGCGCCGAGUGUCACCGAGCGCCACUUUGAAGACCACUUCAGGAAGCCACGCCCAGUCUCCCAGCUUGUCUCGCAGCAGCAGGCCACUCAGCAGUUUGUGUUACCCUCGCAGCCCAAGAAGGAGAGGAAGGAGCGCGUCGAGCGAGAGAAAAGCGACAAAGAGCCGGCGCUCAAGAAGAACAGUCACAAGAAGAUGAGGCCCAGGUUAAGAAACAUUGACCGCAGCAGCGCCCAGCACCUGGAAGUGACGGUGGGCGACCUCACGGUCACCAUCACGGACUUUAAGGAGAAGGCCAGGCCCCCGUCCGCCUCGGCGGCGUCGUCGUCGUCCUCCGGCGCCGCGUCGUCCGCCGACCACCACGGCCAGAACGGCUCCAGCUCGGAAACCACGGAGAAGGGCCUCUCGCGCUCGUCCUCGCCCCGGGGGGACGGCGGCUCGGUUAACGGGGAGUCCCACUGAGCUCGCCCUCCACACGUCACCCUACUUCCUACCUGGCUGAUUUUCUCAAACGGAUUCUUUGGUUUUUCGACGGGAACCGGGGACCCCCCCCCCGCCCCGAUCGCGACUUUCAUUUAGGAAGCGUUCCACGUAACACUAAUUGCAUUUUCAUUAUGACAGUUUUGGUGCAGUUGAGAUGAUCCCACUUUUUGUUUUUCAGGACUGUGAUUUACAUGCUGAGACAAGUUUUGGACAGUAUGAAGUGCUGCAGGGAUGCACCUUGUUUUUUUUUUUGUUUUUUUUUGAGGGUGGGGGUCGGGGUGGAGUGGGCUUCCAGGGCCCAUCUAUGACACCCUGCAACCUCAAACUCACUACUCCGAAACUCCUUACGAACUUCUGUAGGAAGAUGUUUUUGGACACAUCCAUUCAGACUCUGGGCUAUUGUUUAAUAAGGUUAUGCUUGUUUGUUCGCAUGUUUUUUUUUUUUUUUUCCAUUAAAGCCAACAUUUAGGGAAGGUUUAGUAUAUUAUUAAAGGUCAAGUGUCAUGAAAUGGAUGAUUUUUAGUAUGUUAUUAAUGAAAAAAACGGCGGCUGGUAUGGACCCAUCGUUUUUUUUCACCACAAAACGGGAUUUUGACAUAUGGCUUUUUGUCUCUCUCGAGGGAUUUGUUUUCGAGAAGAAGCAGGAAGUGACAUACAUGACAGGACCGCCCUCAAGUGGACUCGUUUGUUUCUGUUAGUUUUACCUGCGGGAAGCUAGCUCGUCGUUCCUUCGCGUUAGCCGAAAUGCCGGCUCGUUGCAUUGCUGGAUAUCGCUCGAACGCUUGGGAGGAUGGAUUUAGCCUUCAUGAGUUUGCAAGAGACCCGCGUCGUCGGGAAAAAUGGAUUGCACGGGUGCAGAGGACGAGGGCUUCGUGGGUUCCAAACGACAGGUAGGUGUGGAAACGGCGACUAAAAAAAAUAAUAGUUUGGGGCAGACCAUGUAAGCGGUCUCUCAUAACAUAAAAGAUCGGCGUACGUAUGACAGGCAUGCUAAAUGUGUCAUGUGCGUGUCAGACAGCUUCCAUGUCGGGCUUGCCGGCGAAGGCUGCCGCGUCGGCAGCGGCUAUGAACGACGCUCCCGACAACGGCCCGCUCAGCCCCGUGCGACGACAACGCCGUAAAGCAGCCCGGCUCGGCUCCAAUAAUGAGCCAACCCGGCCGGUGCGCCGCGUCUGCUGGUCACGGCUUCAGCGAAGGCUGCCGCGUCGCGCUCGCGAAUGGCAGCGGCUCUGCCGACAAUGGCGCACGAAGCUGCGAGGGACGACAAUACCGUAACGCAGCCCGGCCAAAAAUGACCCACCCCCCGGCCAAGGCGCCGCGUCCGCCGGUCACGGCUUCAGCAAAGGCUGCUGCGUCUGGCUCGCCGGCGAAGGCUGCCGCGUCGGGCUUGCAGAUGUUAUGAACAGCGCUGCCGGCAAUGGCGCACUCGGCCGCGUGUGACGACAACGCCGUAAAGCGCCCCGGCUCGGUGGUGUUGAUCAUCGCGUAUUAACAUUGAAGUGAAUAACGUUAUAUGUAUUUUUCAUUACAAUAUCUAUUUAGAAUGUUUAUAGGGAUGACACUUGACCUUUAAGGGUAAUAAUACCAGUAUAUUUUUGGGUUUUUGGGGGUUAUUUUGAUCGUGUGCCAGUAGUGGAGUCUUGGAGCUAAUUGUACAAAUUGGGUUUUGUUGGACUUAAAUUGCAAUAAUAGCAACGGAUUUCUGUUGCGUUAAUGUCAACGGGUUCAAACGCAAGCCAGCUCGGACGGAAUUUAGGAUUGACGCCCGCGGAAUGAAAUAAUAAUAAAAAAUAAUAAUAAUUCGGCAGAUCCUUAAUAAUUCUUCCCUGUAAUUUUGCAAACUGGCACAUUUCAAAUCAGGUUGAAGAUAUUUUCAAACUGAACACACAUUUUUACAUGACUACCCCCCCCGUUAAAUCUCAGCCAAGGUGACGUGGAUCCUGUUCUGCAGAUAAGGCGCCAAACAUCACAUUUAAAGACUUCCAGACAUUCCGGCUCACACCGGGACUGGGCCGAUUUUCCAAAACUUUAUCCUCCAAUUGUUUUCAUGUAGCCAAUUGUUGGGGGGG